CUACACUCUGUUGCAUGUAUAAUACAUGAAAUAUUAUUUUAUCAGUGUUAUUUGUGGAGUGUUAGACAGAAGACAAGGACAGCUAUUACGAUAAGGCAAUCAUGGCCGUGGUAAAAUAUAUCUUGUUCUUAACAGAGAUUUUAUUGCUUAUACUUAAAGUUCUAUAUUAUGUUAUCAACGAUAUAUACAGAUUAAUAAGACCAAUAAAGAAAAAGAGCGUAGCUAAUGAAAUCGUUUUGAUAACGGGUGCAGGUCAUGGUAUCGGAAAGGAAUUAGCGAUCGGUUAUGCUUCGUUAGGAGCAACAGUGAUAUGUUGGGAUAUCAAUGAAGAAAAUAACAAUAAAACAAUGAACGAUAUUAAAAAAAAAGGAAACGAUUCUGUGUAUGCGUAUCGAUGUGAUGUAGCAGAUAAAAAAGAAGUUUUCAGAGUAGCCAAAAAAGUAAAAGAAGAAGUAGGCAACGUAACUAUCUUAAUUAACAAUGCCGGCGUAGUAUUUUUUAAACCUUUUCUGAAUCAAAGUCCUGAUGAAAUUACAAGUGUCGUAGACGUCAACUUGACAGCACAUUAUUGGACAUUGAAAGCAUUCUUACCUAGUAUGAUCGAAAAGAAUCACGGUCAUAUUGUGGCGGUUUCAUCUAUAGCAGCAUUUUUUGGUUUAUGUGGUGGGACAGUUUACUGCCCUACAAAAUCUGCAGUUCAAGCACUUAUGGACGCUUUAUCGAAAGAAUUACAUAUAUUGAGUAACGGAAAAUCAUCGAUUAAAUUUACAACCGUUUAUCCGUUCUUCGUACGUACCGGAUUUGCUAAAAACAUACGUCUUAGGUAA